GCCUCCCUUGGGUGCAAUCUUCAAUAUAAUUGUUCACAUUAAUUAAGUUUCAUUUGAGUUAUACACCAUGGCUAGUAGCUCCUUAAAUUCAUAUUUACACUCGGUUAGUGAGGCAAUAGAACACUAUGACAGUGAUGAGGCAGCACGCCUUUUGUCUUUUCGUGACCCACACAUUGCGAGCCCAAAUCUUCAACUGGAAAGGGCAGAUAGCCAUUGUCGGAGAAUUUUAAAAUCCCCAUUCGACGAAAUGGUAGCUGCACACCUAAGGUGCUGCUGGGCAGUGAGUAACCAUGAUUUUGAUGAGGCCUAUAACUGCCAAACCACCGUAGUACAAUGUUUUUUGAAAGCUUUACAAGCACAGAAAGAAGAGAAUUGGGCUUUGCCUGUCAUGUUUGCAGUGGUGUUGGAUCUACGGCUGUUUGCAGUCAAUGCUGACAUUCAACUUGUGGCCAAAAACAAAGGCAAAGUGGGGGAGAAGCUAGAGAAAGCUGCCGAGCUACUGAUGUCUCUUUUCAGAGUCUGUGCUUCGGACAAUCGUGCCGCCAUUGAAGACUCCAAGAAGUGGGGCAUGUUGAAUCUCGUUAACCAGCUGUUUAAAAUUUACUUCAAGAUUAACAAACUUCAUUUAUGUAAGCCACUGAUCCGUGCCAUAGAGAGUCUGCCUAUCAAAGACAAGUUCAGUCUUUCUCAGCUCAUCACAUUCAGAUUUUAUGUUGGUAGAAAAGGAAUGUUUGACAGUAAUUUCAAAAGUGCGGAAGAGUACUUGACAUUUGCGUUUGAGAAGUGUCAUAGGGAAAGCACGAAGAAUAAAAGACUCAUUCUCAUCUAUUUAAUUCCAGUUAAAAUGCUUUUAGGACAUAUGCCCAAGCCUAGUUUGUUAAGGAAGUAUGACCUAAGACAGUUCUCAGAUGUGGCACAGGCAGUGAGCUCUGGAAACCUGUUACAGUUGAACGCUGCACUACAGAAGCAUGAGUCUUUCUUCAUUCGAUGCGGCAUUUACCUGAUUCUAGAAAAACUGAAGAUUAUCACCUACAGAAAUCUCUUUAAAAAAGUGUAUCUCAUCAAGGAAAAGAAUCACUUGAUUGACAUCAGCUCCUUCACUGCAGCUCUACGCAUGAUGGAGGUGGAAGACAUUGACGAUGAUGAGACACAAUGCAUCCUUGCCAAUCUCAUCUUUGAUAACAAAAUCAAAGGUUAUAUUUCACAUCAACAUAAGAAACUUGUCGUCAGCAAACAGAAUCCAUUCCCAGCCUUAUCGACUGUAUUAUAACUUGAUGUUUACCAUUGGUGGGCCAUGACUGAUAUUGUUUGGUACGGAAGUGAGUGAAUGUCUGCUGUGUUCACAUUUUUUGUGUGUAAAUAGCAUGAUUUCAUCAUUCAGAUGUAAAUAGUUUUAUGUUUUAUUUGCAUUUUUUUAAAAGCCCAACUUUGUUAAAAUUCAUGCUGGAACAA